AUGAGCGGCGCCGCGAGCUUAGAUCGCUCGAGCGGGUCGUUUCGACACUCGGAGCGAUACGCGGCGACGGCGGCGAGGUACUCGCGCGCGCUCGAGCGCGAACGCGACGCGGACGAGACGGCGACGAGCGGACGAGGAGGCGACGGCGGCGAACGAGAGCGACUGUUGGACGCGCCGGAGUACUUGGAGCGACAGAGACGAAGGAACGAUUCGUUCCGGCGUGGAUGCGGGAGGGCGCUCGCGAUUGCGCUCGCGUUGGCGGCGUUCGCGGGCGUGGCGACGUUCGGGUUUCAGUACUUUAGCAAGUAUAAACACGACAACGACGCGGCGUCGACGACGCCGGGGCCGAGUUUGGUGAGAGGCAACGCCACGACCGCGGCGCGCGCACCGGCGCCGGCGCCGCGGGUGCAGGCGCCGCC